UAGUGAUAGGAGGAGGAGAAAGAAGUAAGGAGAGGGAGGAAUUGGAACGAGGGAAACCGUGUGGCUUCAGUUUGAAGCGACACAAACACAUGCAGGGAGGUGGAGAACCGGAGAAGAGAGAAGAUUUCCCCUCCUCACCUCGCUGACCCAUGAAAGAAGCAAUGCCGGUUCUCACAGCUGGAACAGGGCUGCAUGAAACACUGGCCCUGCUGACCUCUCAGCUGCGCCCCGAUGCCAACCAUAAAGAAGACAUGGUCUUCCUCAAAGACGUUUUCAGUGAGAGGAGUUUGGGAUACCUCAUGAAGAUACACGAGAAGCUGAGACAGUAUGAGAGACAAAGCCCCACACCGGUCCUCCACAGCGCCUCCUCUCUGGCUGAAGAUGUGGCAGAAGAGCUACAAACUGGACCAAUGAGCACAGAGGAGAAGGAACUUCUGCACCUGCUGAUGUCACCACAUCUGAAGGCUGUCCUCUCAGUGCAUGACACUGUGGCACAGAAGAACUUUGACCCAGUGCUGCCUCCGCUUCCUGACGACUUUGAGGAAGAGCUGGAUGAGGAAUCUGUGAAGAUUGUCAGACUGGUGAAGAACAAGGAACCUCUGGGAGCAACGAUCAGACGAGAUGAAACGACAGGAGCAGUGAUCGUGGCGCGGAUAAUGAGAGGAGGAGCUGCAGAUCGAAGCGGCUUAGUCCAUGUAGGAGAUGAACUCAGGGAAGUCAAUGGAGUUUCUGUGAUCCACAAGAGGCCAGAUGAGAUCAGUCAGCUUCUGUCCCAGUCCCAGGGCUCCAUCACUCUCAAGAUAAUCCCAGCCAUCAAAGAGGAGGACAGACUGAGGGAGAGCAAGGUAUACGUGAGAGCCUUGUUUGACUACACCCCUCUAGAAGACAAGGCCACUCCGUGCCAGGAAGCGGGACUUCCUUUCAAACGGGGAGACAUCCUGCAGGUUGUGACGCAGGACGACCCCACAUGGUGGCAGGCCAAACGUGUGGGAGACAGCACCCUGCGGGCCGGACUGAUCCCAUCCAAACAGUUCCAGGAGAGGCUCUAUGCUGCACAUCCCUCCAGGCGACUGGCCUACAGGAUGAAAAUGGGCACGCUACCCAAUCCCAAAUCCCCUAAAAAGCCCGCCUCUGAAGGAUGUGACAAAGAGGACUGUGACUGUGAAGGCUAUUUCAAUGGGCAGUACAUAGAAAACCAAGCCAUAGUCUCUUCUAAGUGUAAAGCAGUGGCGCCCUCCUGUGGCCAGGUGUUUUCCUGGGAAUUUUAUUCAGCUGGUUUACGGAGGAGCUUCCGGUUAAGUCGUAAGGACCGGCAGGGAUCAUCUGGAGAGUGCUCUGAGCUUGGGGAGACAGAUUUUCUUACCUAUGAGGAGGUGACCCGCUACCAGCAGAGGCCCAAUGAGAGGCCGCGUCUGGUGGUUUUGAUCGGUUCUCUUGGAGCCCGAAUCAAUGAACUGAAGCAGCGGGUGAUAGCCGAAAACCCCCAUCGAUAUGCUGUAGCAGUUCCACAUACAACCAGACCUAAGAAACCUCAUGAGAAGGAUGGUGUGGAGUAUCACUUUGUCACCAAACAGCACUUUGACGCUGAUGCUUUAAAUAACAAAUUUAUAGAGCAUGGGGAGUACAAGGAGAACCAGUAUGGCACCAGCAUAGAGGCCAUCCGCUCUGUACAAGCCAAGAAUAAGAUGUGUAUAGUUGAUGUGCAGCCUGAGGCUUUGAAGAGACUACGAACUGCAGAGUUCAAGCCAUAUGUUAUAUUUGUCAAACCUCGAAUUCCUGAAAGCCGACUUCGCCGCAGUGCAGCCACCUCACCAGGAGGGGGAGAACACGGCCGUCUUACAGAUGAAGAUAUCCAGGAAAUGCGUCAGUCUGCCAUUCAGAUAGAUCAACAGUAUGGACACAUGGUGGACCGUGUCCUGAUCAAGGAGGACUCAGCCAGCGCUUGUGCUGAACUGCAAGGCAUUUUGGAAAGAUUGGAGCGUGAUUCUUUCUGGGUGCCUCUCAGCUGGGUGCGGACCUAAGUCUAAUACCCCUAAGACCAUCUGAGGAAUCUCAUUAAACUCUUGAACUGGUCUUCAGAGCCAAAACCCCUCCACCCUAAGGCUGCUGGCCAACCCAGAGAGUCUGCUGAACUGCAGCACCACAGAAAGAUGAAGUCAAGGAAAUACCUCAGUUUUGCGGCAGGCUUAACAUUUGAUUGCCUAAGUUCCCAAAGUAAUACAUUUGGCAUGUUAUGCACAUUUAAUUUGAUGUAAUUACUGGCAAUCUUAAUGUGUAUAUUCACAAGUGUUAACACCAAAAUAAGGGUUUGAACCUAACUGAAUCACAGACCAAAAAAAAAACAGAAAUAGUAAUUCAAGUUUUCCUAA